AUGAUGUACAAUCUGCUUGUUUUGUCCAUUGUCAUCUUCCUAGCUCCGGCGUAUCCCGGAGCUGAAAUUAUUGGAGAUCAUGAAGUCAAACCGCAUUCAAGACCUUAUAUGGCAUCUCUCCAGCUACGUUUCAGGAACCGUUCGGUUGUCCACUAUUGCGGAGGAGCUUUGAUCAGACCAAACUGGGUACUAACUGCAGCACACUAUAUUUGCAUGAAAGAUGAUAUCAUGCUGCUGCAACUCGAGACUGAUGCAAAAAUCAACCAGGAUGUGAAUGUGCUCAACCUUCCCAAAGGAGGAAUCACCGACAUGAAAUCUGGAACAAGGUGCACCGUGGCAGGAUGGGGAAAAACAAAAAUAAACAAUUACCCUGACACACUUCAAGAGGUGGAGGUCGAGGUAAUUGAUCACCGAACAUGCAACAGCAUGGAUUAUUACAAUCAUACACCUGAAAUAACCCAGGACAUGAUCUGUGUUGGUGACAGCAAGGGCAGAGGAGAUUCGUGUCAGGGUGAUUCAGGUGGCCCUUUGAUAUGUGACAAAAUUUAUACUGGGAUUGUGUCCUUUGGUAAAGAAGGAUGUCCAUAUCCCCAAAUCCCUGCGGUGUACACUUUACUAACAAAGAAAUACAUUGAUUGGAUUCGGGAUACAAUUGGUUGACCGCUGAAGAAUGCUGAAGAGCUGUACUGAGUUAUCACAAUCCUGCUUCAC